AUGUCGGUGGGGGAGCGAUGGGAAACGGUGAAGAAGUAUCGCUAUUGUUUCAACUGCCUGGCUCACUCCCACAUGAAAGACAAAUGCACCAGCAGAGAGCGGUGCAUCGAGUGCAUGUCAGAGCACCAUACCCUCCUCCACCGUCAUAAGGUAAAAAAGGGGCACAAACCCGCAGCCCAACAACAAACCCACACCAGCGGCAGUCCCAAGGAUCAAAACUCCACCAAAAGAAGGAGAAAUAAAAAUAAGAAGAGGGGAACACCAAAAAAGGUCGCCACACAGCCACAACAACAUCAUUGCUGCUCACUACCCCUACAAGAACAACCCCAGCAUUAUGUGCAACCACAACAGCAGCAGUAUCAACAACAACAACCCCAGCAUUAUGUGCAACCAGCACAGCAGCACUACCCUCAACAACAGCUUCAGCCGUAUCAGCAGCAACCACCUUAUCCAUACGGCCAGCAACAUCAAACCCCAGCCACUAUUGUCAUAAAUGUUAUGUCUAGCCGUAUAGUUUGA